GAGUGGCCAUUAUACAGCGAGUUUCCUUUGUAGGGGGCGACAGGGAAAUAACAGUGCCGUCCCACACGGUGUAUACAAAUACCAGGAAGAUUAACUAGCUUUGUAUUGAGGAUAUCGGUACCGACAAUAAUCAGUGAUUAGCUCGUUGAUGAUAGAGAGCUGCGCAUCGUUAAGUUAGCUACAACGCCAUCCAUAGAUCCGGUUGACGUUAUUUCAUUACUUCACCAUAUCCACCAGUUAGCUAAAAACAGCACAUCUGAUCAGUUUUCAAAAUGGACGAUAAAGUCUUUACGAUGGAAUUAGACCAAUGGGUCGAGCAACUGAAUGAAUGCAAGCAACUGUCGGAGAAUCAAGUGAGAACGCUCUGCGAAAAGGCCAAAGAGAUCCUGACCAAGGAGUCCAACGUGCAGGAGGUGCGCUGUCCCGUCACAGUGUGCGGAGAUGUGCACGGCCAGUUCCAUGACCUCAUGGAGCUGUUCAGAAUCGGGGGCAGAUCGCCCGACACCAACUACCUAUUCAUGGGGGACUACGUAGACCGAGGCUACUACUCGGUGGAAACAGUCUCGCUGCUUGUCGCACUAAAGGUCCGUUACCCAAAGCGCAUCACGAUACUGCGGGGGAACCACGAGAGCAGACAGAUCACCCAGGUGUAUGGCUUCUACGACGAGUGCUUGAGGAAGUACGGCAAUGCCAAUGUGUGGAAAUACUUCACAGACCUCUUCGACUAUCUCCCCCUGACGGCCCUUGUCGACGAACAGAUCUUCUGCCUGCACGGUGGCCUCUCCCCCUCCAUAGACACACUGGAUCAUAUCCGGGCACUGGAUCGCCUGCAGGAAGUUCCACACGAGGGGCCCAUGUGUGACCUGCUGUGGUCAGACCCAGAUGACCGUGGGGGCUGGGGCAUCUCCCCCCGAGGUGCUGGCUACACCUUUGGCCAGGACAUCUCGGAAACCUUCAACCAUGCCAACGGUCUUACCCUUGUGUCCCGUGCCCACCAACUUGUCAUGGAGGGCUACAACUGGUGUCAUGACCGAAACGUUGUCACCAUCUUCAGUGCACCAAACUACUGCUAUCGCUGUGGCAACCAAGCAGCCAUCAUGGAACUGGACGAUACUCUUAAAUACUCUUUCCUUCAGUUUGACCCUGCACCUCGACGCGGGGAGCCCCAUGUCACCCGCCGUACCCCCGACUACUUCUUAUAAACACCCACUGGCCUGGUGGUAGAGGAAGAAGACUGCAAGACCGCUACAGCAAGCAACAAACCCCCAAAACCUGUGUGCCAAUGACCUGUUAAAUCGUGAAAGCACUGACAUGGACCAAAAUAUGCCAUAUAAGCAUUUAGUACAUAAUACAAAUUGCCCUGUGUCUCAGUAAUGCAACACAGUGUUCCGUUUGAGCCUUUACUGUAGUUGCCUGCUGUAUAAUAUUGAUCGUAAUGUUAUUUUGUUCAUGGGCUCUACACACAGAGAGAAAGCAUCCCUAUAUACAGUAUUUCCCAUUAUUGCGUCUGAGCGCACAGGCACUGCCAUUGAGGCAAUCUCUAUUUUGAAGUGGUCGAUUAUCUUCACGAUUGGCUGAUCUCUCCUGAUUACCCGGUUGGCCAUGAUUUCCAACAGGGUCGGGGGGGGGGGGCUGUCCAUGCUAAGAUGGCCUUUUGGCCACUAGAGGCCUCUCUCUGCAACUGUACAUUACUCUGCACGAAAAAAAACUUGCUUACUUUCCCCAUCCAAAUAUCACUGGACAUUGAUACAUUUUCCAUUGGCAAUGCCUGGAAUGUGAAUAACGGUAUUUUAUACAGAUGCACAAGCUUACAUCCCCAGCCCACUCUUCUUCACCAAACUUCUUCCUACUCUUCCCCUUGGGCUAAUCUACCUGUUUAUUUUCCUCUGUAUAUUUGUCAUGAAAUGAUGGCCUCUUUGAUGCAUUUGAACGAAUAAAGUACUUUUAAUUGUAAAUGA